CAAUCGCAUUGAUUGAGAGAAAUAGGGGUACCGCAUAUGUAGUACAUGACUGCACUACCGCAUAUGUAGUACAUGACUGCACUGACUGUUAUUUCUUUUGCUGCUAAUGUCGGAUAUGAAUUCGGGUAGAAUGGGGUGCUUUUGACGUUUGCACCUUUUCUGCAAGGAGUGGUAUACUUUACUGAACAUCGGCAAGUAAGUCUGUCCAGUUUAUUGAAAGGAUGGAAACCCUGAUUCCCACCAUCAACCGGCUGCAGGAGGUGUUUCUUACAGUGGGCGCAGAGAUCGUACAGCUGCCACAGAUAGUCGUGGUCGGAUCUCAGAGCAGUGGGAAGAGCUCUGUGCUGGAGAGCCUGGUUGGACGGGAUUUCUUGCCUCGGGGAUCAGGAAUAGUCACAAGACGACCCCUGGUGUUGCAGCUUAUCAAUGUCCCCCCUCUGCAGGAGAGACUGAAGCUGGAGAAUGGAAACGGGGUAAAACAAAACACCCAAAACAGAUAUCCAGGGGUCAAGGCUGAAGAAUGGGGCACAUUCUUACACUGCAAGAACCAGAUCUUCACAGAUUUUCAGGAAAUUUGUCGUGAAAUUGAAGCAGAGACCGAACGCACUUCAGGUGACAACAAGGGAAUCAGUCCGGAGCCCAUAUACUUGAAGAUUUUCUCCUCCAAAGUUCUUAAUCUAACUCUGGUUGAUUUACCUGGAAUUACUAAGGUUCCUGUCGGGGACCAGCCAGAAGACAUUGAGGCUCAAGUGCAAGAGAUGAUCUUGUCCUUCAUCUCCAAUCCGAACUCCCUCAUUCUCGUGGUGUCCCCUGCCAACUAUGACUUGGCCACCUCUGAUGCACUGAAAUUGGCACGUGAAGUCGAUCCAGAUGGUCGUCGGACACUGCUGGUGGUCAGUAAGCUGGAUCUGAUGGAUGCAGGGACUGAUGCUCUGGAGGUGCUUCUGGGUAGAGUCAUCCCAGUCAGGCUCGGCAUUAUUGGGGUGGUUAACAGGAGCCAACAUGACAUCAAUACCCAGAAGAGCCUGGAGGACUCAAUGAGGGAUGAGCAGGCCUUCCUGCAGCGCCACUACCCCUCACUUGCCUCCCGUGCCGGAUCACGCUAUCUGGCCAAAACUCUCAGCAGACUGCUCAUGCACCACAUCCGGGACUGCCUGCCAGACCUCAAAACCCGAGUGACCGUGCUGAGUGCCCAGUACCAGGCACAGCUCAACAGCUAUGGCCAGCCAGUAGAGGACCACAGCGCCACCCUGCUGCAGAUAGUCACCAAGUUUGCCAGUGAUUACUGCAACACCAUCGAAGGAACAGCCAGGCACAUCCAAACCUCAGAGCUCUGUGGCGGUGCUCGCAUCUGUUACAUAUUCCAUGAGACCUUUGGCCGCACUUUGCAGUCCAUCGACCCCCUUGGGGGUCUGACUGAGCUCGAUAUCCUCACAGCCAUUCGCAAUGCUACGGGUCCACGGCCAGCUCUCUUUGUACCAGAGGUGUCCUUUGAGUUGCUUGUGAAGCGGCAAAUUAAACGUCUGGAAGAGCCCAGCCUGCGCUGUGUAGAGCUUGUUCAUGAAGAGAUGCAGAGGAUCAUCCAGCAUUGCUCAUCUUUCAGCACACAGGAGCUUCUGCGAUUUCCCAAACUGCAUGAUUCCAUUGUGGAAGUAGUGACUGGAUUACUGAGGAAGCGCUUGCCGAUUACGAAUGAGAUGGUGCACAAUUUAGUAGCAAUAGAGCUUGCUUACAUCAACACGAAGCAUCCAGACUUCACAGAUGCAGCGCAGGUCUCGGCAUCUGUCAACAGUCAGCAGGCCGAGGCCCUUGAUGGAGGGAAGCGCUGGAAGAAUGAGAAGGUUGCGGAAGAGAAAGCCCCAGCUGGAGGAUUUGGCAGCCCCAGCAAAGGCCAGGCUGUUAACCUCCUAGACACAGCGGUGCCUGUAUCCCGCAAGCUGAGCACGAGGGAGCAGAGGGACUGCGAGGUCAUCCAGCGCCUCAUCAAGUGCUACUUCCUCAUUGUCCGCAAAAGCAUCCAAGACAGUGUGCCCAAGACAGUGAUGCACUUCUUGGUGAACUUUGUGAAAGAGCAUCUGCAGAGUGAGCUGGUGGGUCAGCUUUACAAACAGCCACUGCUACAGGAGCUGCUCAUUGAGUCACAGGACACGGCACAGCAGCGGACUGAGGUUGCUCUAAUGCUUGAGGCACUCAAAAAGGCCAAUAACAUCAUCUGUGAAAUCCGAGAGACUCAUCUGUGGUAGCCAGAGGACACAAACAAGUUCCCUUAUUCCCUUGUGACAGGACAGCUUUGAGAGUAUGAGAGUGUAUGUGAUUUGAAGCCAGAGAGUGUGGGCCUGUUUCUAUAUGUGUGGCGCUACCAUUGUUUUGUCAUGGACCAACGACCAUAGCACAUUUAGAUCUACUCUGUCCUAUCAGCUGUCCAUUUGAACAGUGCUUUUCACUGUGAACGUUAUAUAGUGAUAGAAAUUAAUUAAACACUCAGGAUGAAAGUCUUAUUGCAAAGUUGAAAUGUGAAAGACACAGCUGCGAACAAAAUCUUUUUUCAUCAGUUUUGUGAUAUAAUGUUUUGGGUCAUAUGAUUCUUGCUCUAAAUUAUAUGUGGAAUAUUUAGGCUUCUCUUCAGGGCAGGCUUUGGAUCAAAAUGUGUUCACACUGUACAUUUCCACAUAGAAGCCGGGCUUCCUUCGAGUCCCGUCAGCAGGUGCUAAAACCUAUGUUGGAUUAGACGUGUUCCAGCUUUAAUCCUCGUUGCUGGAGCCGUCACCAGAGAUAUAAAUGAAGUGAAAAUACAACUCAAUCAGUGCUCACUGCAGUGCAACACUAAAGACAGACCAUGGUCUUACACAGAAAUUACAGGAUGACUGCAGAUUGGUUUUUCUGGCUCUGUUGAGCUAAUCAAUAUCAGGUUUAUUUUCCAGAGUCAGAUUUACAUAUCAGCCCAUUUAUACUGUUAACCACUGCACUUACUUGCCAGUUAUGUGUUUUCCUUAACAUGGAGACCAAACAUUCCUGACAGACGCCUCCCUCUGUCUGUGUGGGGGUUUGAGGAGGCUACUACAUAGGGGUGGAUGGAUACUAUGUGCUGUCUAAUACUAUACUAUUGGGGAAUUUUUUAAUUAUUAAAAAUUUUCAAAAAAAUUGUAAGGAGAUAAAAUUAUAAGGGUCGUUUUAUUAGACUUUAGGUCCAGGUGGUAUAACUGAAAUGUUUUGUAGCUUCUCUUAACUUCCCCAAAGUAAUCAUUCACUGUUAAUGGUACAGAGAGAUAAGCCUCUUCUAGAUUCCCAACCCUUUGCCUCCUGCAUGCAGUCUUUGGUACACUGUAAACCUGUGUCUGUUAACCAGAGCCAUUUGCUUUUGUGCCAGUAAUCAUGUGUAACAUUAUUUAUUGUGUAAAAAUAUUCAUUUUUUCCAUCUGCUGUUUCUGACUUGGGUUGUUGUUCUGGCAGGGUCCUCCCUCAAGUGCUUUAGCAAUUAAUGUGGAUCUCUUUCUGUA